GAGGGAGGGGGAGCGCGGCCGGCGGCCAUUAUCUGGAAGCGCGGCGGCAGACGCGGAGCCGACCUCCUAGCUCUCUGAGCCGCUUCCCGAGUCCCCGUUGCCGCUGCCGUCGGGCGGGGUGGGGCUGCCAUGGCGGCGUAGCCUCGGCCCAUUCCCUCCCUUCCUCCCCGCUGCUCCCGCUGAAAGCGCGGCGGCGGCGCGGCCUAGCCCAGAGGGCGGAUCCUCGGCCUCGCGUAGCGGCUGCCGCCCGCCCGGGGCUGCCCUCCGCGGGUGGCCAUGUCCCUGGUGGCCUACGCCAGCAGCGAGGAGGACAGCGAGGCGGAGGAGGCCGCGGACGAGGAGGUGGAUGCCCCCAACACCCCGCCUCAUGACUCCCCGGUUCCGCAGCCCCCCGCCCGGGGGGGGCUCUUCGCCGCCCUUCCUCCCCCCAAAGCCUCCGCGCUGCCCCCGCUGCCCCCCCAGGGCAGCGGCUUUCCCUUAUUGCCGCCCCCGCCCUUCCUCAUGGGCCCACCGCCUGGCGUAAGGGGCUUCGGCCCCCCCCCCGCCCGCCCCGAGCCCGGCCCCCGGCCCUCCCGAGCAAUCCGCCGGCAGCGGGAGCAGCCUCGGCCCGGGGGACUCCUCCUGCCGCCCCCACGGAACGCCACCAGCGUUGCCUCGGCCCCCGGCCCGUCCCCGCCCGCCUCGGGCCCCACCGCUCUGCCCAGCGCUGGGGGGGACCUGGGACUCCCCAAGCCAAAGAAGAGGACGGAACCGGUGAAGAUCGUAGCCCCCGAGCUGCACCAGGGAAAUUCAGAUUCAGAGGAAGAUGAACCAGCAAAGAAGAAAAAUACUCUUCAGGGACGCGGCGAGGGCUCUGGCUUGUCUGCUUUGCUUCCUCAACCCAAAAACUUGACGGUGAAAGAGACCAAUCGGUUACUUUUGCCCUACGCUUUCUCGAGGAAAGCAGCUGACGGCGCCUCUGAGUCAAAGCCUGCGAAGGCCCCCACCUCAUCCUCCAAAACAAAACCUCCAUCUAAGCCGGCCGUAGCCACAACUCCUUCUCCCUCUGCUAUCAAAGCUGCUGCGAAGAGCGCUGCCCUCCAGGUAACCAAGCAGAUAACGCAGGAGGAGGAUGACAGCGACGAAGAGGUCGAGCCAGAGAACUACUUCUCCUUGUCCGACAGGAGCGAGCCCAGCAUUGUUGCUGCCGAGGCAUUCAUGUACUCAGGCCCGGUGGUGUCGGAGGAGCCACCACCUGGGACGGAGCCAGAGCCUCAGUUCCAAGAUGCUGCUGCCAAUGCCCCCCUGGAGUUCAAGACCGGCGUGGGCUCCAGUGCUGCUCAGCACAGCUGGCUGCCCAAAUCCGGAGAAGACUACGACAGUCAGCCCUAUGGCCAGUUCCCUGCUUAUGGCGAUGCCAGCGGGGCUGAUGCAUAUUAUCAGGAUUACUACAGCAGUGGGUACUACCAGGAGAUGGAACCAGCGCAGGCACCGCCGCAGGAGAUGAGCACCGACUCCUCCUUCCUAGACGAUGAAGCGUUCAAACGGCUGCAAGGCAAGCGAAAUAGGGGGAGAGAAGAAAUCAAUUUUGUGGAUAUCAAGGGUGAUGAUCAGCUGAGUGGAGCCCAGCAGUGGUUGACCAAAUCCUUAACAGAGGAGAAAACCAUGAAAUCAUUCAGCAAGAAAAAAGGAGAUCAGCCCACAGGACAGCAAAGGAGGAAACACCAGAUCACGUACCUGAUCCAUCAGGCGAAGGAAAGGGAACUGGAACUGAAAAACACAUGGUCUGAAAAUAAGCUCAGUCGACGUCAGACUCAAGCCAAAUACGGAUUCUAACACCUCCGUCCCAUGUUUUGGCUCUUGUCCCAGGUGACUUACUGUGUCAGACCUCUCCUGGCCUUCAGAGACCGGCCGGGCUGGUGUUGAGUGCUGUCUGCUCGGUGGGUGGGAGGAUAUUGCACUCCCCUGUCAGGAAAAAGGUUUCCUGUGAACCAUUCCUGAAACUCCACCUGUAAUGGUUCCCCCCUCCCUAACAAACAAUAAUGUGGAAGGUUCAAAUCUGGUCUGUUCUAUACAGCCAGCGACAGUCCCAGGGCAGCUGCAGGAGCUGUGCCUGGUGCAAGGCUUGGAGCUGCUGUCCUGUAGGUGCAGGGCUGUGUGUCUGAAGCAGCCUCAUCACUGGAACCUGAGGCAGAGUCUCUAAACUUCCAUGUCCCACUUUGCUCCUUCCUCAGACUCGCUGUACAUCAAGAGUGUCACUUUUUCCUUCUAAAAGACGCUUUCAAGAGCGAUCCUGUUUGUUGUUUUUCUUUCAGUUGUUGUUUUUAAAUGAGACACGGUCGUGGCUGUUUAAUUUUGGCUGAGUAAAUCCCGUGCUCCUCUCACACGAACGUGGAUUUUUAUGUUUUUUUUUUUUUGGUGUGUGUGUAUGUGGCCAAGUUAUUGUUUUUUGCUCUUGGCUACACCAGCCUGUCCAUCUCAAACCACGCUGAGGGGAAGCUCGUUUUUUUUUGUUACAAAGGAGAAGCAGAGUGACAGAUCAGAGCUUGGAACAGAAGUGAAAGUACUGCAGUGUUGAGUGCAGAAAGCAAUGAAGACCUCAGCCAGCACAAGCUGCUGCUGAGAACCUUUGGGUAUACCUGAUGGUUGUGUGUACAUUGCUUCCCUUUUCCCCUUCCUCCUCCCUCUGACCCAAGGCCGACAGUGCUGUAACAAUCUGAUCUCCACGCUUAUUGAACUGAGUAUCCCAGUUUCCUGGGAGCAGGCACAAUGAAAGCUGCCUACUGUACAUUUAUUUUUCAGCUUUUUAGCUUGUUUGUAUGAAUUUUGUUUCCUAUAAAGGCAUCACAUCUGUUUAAGUGUUAACAUUACCCUCUGGGCUGGGAAGAGGAGACAGUGAGGAGACAGCCUUAACUUUUUAAAAAUUCAAUUGAUUUUAAGGUAUUAGGUCUAGGUGAUGUGACUGCAAAUCAUGUGCAACCUCACCAGCCCGACCCAUGCAUCCUUAGCCAAAUCUCUGUGGCCUCUCUUAGCUCGUUGUUCACCCAGUGUGUGAUGCUGAAGGAAGCAGGGAGCUGGUCUGGUUCUUUAACUCACAUUCCCGACACUGAGGGUUGUAUCUGUUGUAACUGCAGCUAAAACAGCUAAUAGUGGUUACUCCAUUUAGGAAAAACCCCAUGAGGUUGUUUUUCUCCCAUUGCCUGUUUAAAAAAAGGAGCCAAGAAAACAAACCCCAAUGAAAGAAUUUGUUUCUUAGAAUAUUUAAAAGAAGAAAUGUAACUUCUAGUUUAGUUUCCUGGAUGUUUUAGUACUUUGCAGAGCCAAGUUUGAGUAUCCGAAUGACCAAAAUAAAGUUACUGUUGAGUAAUUUAUUCAUAUCUUAUAUGUACAGUGAAAUCCUCUGACAGGAGAUUUGAUAAAGGAAUAAACUUUUAAAUGAACUGAA